AUGGGGCUCUGCUGUAUUGCUGCACGCCGCGCUGUUAGCCUCAAGAAGAGGCGAAUUAAGUACAAGGACGCUCCGGGCGGUACUGUGGACUUGGAUUUGGUACAAAUUCAUAGGCGUAUCGUUUGCAUGGGUUUUCCGGCAUUAGGAAUAGAAUCUUUUUAUAGAAACCGCUACAAGGAUGUCCUGCGCUAUCUGGACCACAUGUAUGGUACAGAUUACAUGGUGUACAAUCUUUGUGCGGAGCCGAAAUAUCGGUAUGACUUAACUUUUUUUCAUGGUCGAGUUCGCGAAUUUCCGUUUCCUGAUCAUUGGGCCUGUCCAUUAAUUAUGAUACCACGCUUCGUGGAGGAUGCUGUGCGGUAUAUUACAAGCGCUGACCACGCGCAGGAGGCCGUGGUUGUGGUACACUGCAAGGCCGGGAAAGGUAGAACUGGGCUGCUCACAUGUUGUUUACUGAUGGAGAUUGAGCCAUCGAUUGGUGGAUUGGCAAAGAAUGCCAUCAGUUACUACGGUAUUCAGCGGACAUUUGAUGGACGCGGACUGACACUUCCAAGUCAGUUACGGUACGUAGAAUACUACGAACGACUGCGAAACGAGUACGGGGGUGAGGUUCCUGCGGAGGUUCCGGUUGUUGACAUCCACCAGUUUCAUAUACGUGGCAUUCAAGCCAAAGUAACAAUCACAUCGUGUAAAUGGUACGCCUGUGAACGGGUUUGUGUCAUUUCUUUAAAUUCCUCCCGGUGUUGCAACGCACAGGUCAUAAAAUCUUCGCCGCAUUUCACUACUGUAAAUGUUGCAAAUAAUGACUUUUUUAAAAAGCUUUCACAAGAUAUUCGUGUGGAGUUUUUAAAUGGAUGUAGCAUUGUUGGUGUCUUGACGUUUCAUACACUGUUCAUUGAGAGGGAGUAUAUUUACAGUGGAAUAGACAAAAUCUGCGUGUUAAAAUUACCGGAGAGCGCGGGUAUUUCUUUUGAUUUUACCUCAUCACUGGAGAAAUAG